AUGAGGAGGCGGCCGGGGAUCGCCGGCUUGCAGAACGCGGCGGCGACUCGCGACAAAUUCCGUCUAGUCGGGGCGAAUGUGGCGAAAGUCAGGACGGAUGUCAUGCAGGAGCAGCUCGCGACCUUCAGAUCGCAGCUCGAUGAAUUCGCUCGCAAGCAUAAGAGUGACAUCCGUAAAAAUUCGGUAUUUGGGCAGCAGUUUCAUGAAAUGUGUGCAAAAGUUGGAGUAGAUCCAUUGUCAUCGAAUAAAGGAGUUUGGGCAGAGCUCCUAGGAAUCGGUGACUUCUACUAUGAAUUGGGUGUUCAGAUCGUUGACAUAUGCAUAGCAACAAGAUCGCAUAAUGGUGGUCUUAUUGACUUGAUAGAACUCCGCAAACUUCUCUGCCAGAAAAGAAAAACUGAUCUUGGUUCAUUAUCGUCAGAUGACUGUUUACGCGCUAUAAGUAAGCUGAAGGUCCUUGGUAGUCGUUUUGAAGUAAUUUCUGUUGGGAAGAAAAAGCUUGUGCAAUCGGUUCCUACUGAGUUAAAUAAAGAUCAUAAUGGGAUACUUGAACUAGCUCAGGCUAAAGGCUAUGUCACCGUAGAACAAGUUGAGAAGGAGUUCUUAUGGUCAACUGGCCGUGCAAUCGAUGCCCUUGAAACUUUGCUAAAGGAGGGACUUGCUAUGAUCGACGACGGACACAGGGAUGGCAAGCGUAGACACUGGUUCCCGUGCGUCACCCUCAGAUCCGAUGCCUCCAGUUUCGAAGCAAAGUCAUAAUUUAGCUGUGCUGUUCUAUUUUUACCCUUGUGUUCAUGAGAGCUGGAACCACCUGUGCUACUGGUGCAGUCACAUUUUUGGCUCACUAGUACGCCCUGCGCAAGAAGGGAAAACAUUACACGUAGUACCUGAAAUAGUAAAAUCGUGUGCGAUUUCUUGCUUCAGAGCUCUGUUGUGUUCUUCAGUAAAAGUUGUGGAUGUUACUAUGGGACUGGUGGACAACUAGAAAUAAAGCGAGCGAAGGGGAAAAACAGAGGAGCACGGCCGAGGUCAGUGUGGUCAUUAGUAAGCAUGUGUUAGAUUUCAACCCGGACAGGCCCCAAUGCAGUCCGCCGGUGAUGAUACGUCAGGCUUGGCAAUUGCCGGAUUCAGGGUUCAUGAAAAUUAAUCUUGAUGCAGCCUAUAAGGAGGACUCGGGAACGGGUGCUUGGGGUUUUGUCAGUUCAUGAUGAGUUUGGCGAUUUCAUUGCUGCGGGUGCUGGGAAGCUGCAUCAUGUGCGUACUGCUCUCCUAGCUGAAACUGAAGCAUGUGUCAAGGCCAUUUAGGGAGCUAUGGACCUGGGUUUGCACCGUGUUAUCUUCUAAGCAGAAUGCCCUCAAAGACCAAAGGGUAUGAAGCUGCAGAUAUUGGGGUCCUCCGACGAGAAGCUAGAAGCCUGUGCCUUAUGUCAGCUGAUUUCAGGUUUUGCUAAGGUGAAUGUAAUAGAGUUGUGCAGCAUAGUUUUGAGGCACCCGUGCCGUUCUCUGUUUGAACUGAAAAUGUCUGUUUGGGCUGAAAAUG